UCAAAAGGCUAAAACAACACUACCUAUCAUUACUAAUAUUCACAAGCAACCUGAUUAUCCAAAAGUGAACCCUAAAAGUGAAACCUAACUGGAAAUUAAGUUACUUUCUUAUUGAUAUUACCACAUUAAUCCAGAAACACUAUGAGCUUCCACAAUUAUCCUUAUAUGCAGCAAGCAUCUGGACUUCCAGCAACACAAUAUUCAGCAACAGCCCCUUUUAUACCAGCCAUGGGUUAUCCUAGUCAAGCUCCAGAAGAAAGACCCACAACUUAUCCAGGUCAGUAUGCACAAAUCCCAUCAGCCACAGCAGGACAAGGGCAACACAGAAACACUUCUCCAGCCAUUGACCCAACAAUUGCAUCCUGGUUCCACGCAGUUGAUCAAGACAACUCAGGGCAUGUUAAUGCUAGUGAACUACGUCUGGCUUUACAAAAUGGAAACUGGUCUCAAUUUUCUGAAGAAGCUUGCCAUUUGAUGAUUGCCAUGUUUGAUAAAAACCACACAGGCACCAUUGACCUCCAUGAAUUUGGUCAACUGUUUUCGUUUGUCAACAAGUGGAUUGAUACUUAUCGACACUUUGACCAAGACAAUUCUGGCACAAUAAGUGAAAGUGAAAUGACCAAUGCCCUCCAGCAAAUGGGAUACCGCCUUUCACCACAAUUUGUAAGUUUCUUAGUGUCAAAAUACUCAACAAAAAAGAAGGAUAUCACUCUGGAUAACUUUAUCCUGAUCAACAUCAAGAUACAGACUCUAACUGAUGCCUUCAGGGUUCAUGAUCUUGAAAUGAAAGGCAUCAUUACUGUGAGUUAUGAAGAAUUCCUAAAAAUGACAUUAUCUUCAGUCUAAGCAAGUGGCAUGGAAUUAAGUGCAUCAUAAACAGAACCAAGUAGUGAUUCAGUGAUAGCAACAAAUCUAAGUCCAAUAUAGAAAACAAACCUCAAAUUCUUUCUUUCUGAAAAUAAUGCUUAAAAUGUAUUGAAUUCAUGGCAAAAAUGAUCUUUUGGAAAUUAAUUAAAUUUUAUAAUAACCCUGAA